UCCGCUCGGAGGAUACAAGUUAUGAGGCAGUAAGGGACUGGGCACGCGGCUUCCCUCUUCAUUUCUGCAUCUGUCGUUUUCUCCUUCAUCCGUCCUGUAUGGUGGAUAUUAUUUUAAAUUCUUCUUUCUUGGGUGAUAUGGGGGAUCAUUCCAAAAAGAAGCCUGCAAUCGCUAUGUGUGUCGGCUGUGGGAGUCAGAUACAGGACCAGUACAUACUGAGAGUUUCGCCCGACCUGGAGUGGCACGCUGCGUGUUUGAAGUGUGCGGAAUGCAAUCAGUACUUGGAUGAAACGUGCACUUGCUUUGUUCGAGACGGCAAAACAUACUGUAAAAGAGAUUAUGCAAGGUUGUUUGGCAUCAAGUGCGCUAAAUGUAACCUUGGCUUCAGCAGCAGCGAUUUAGUCAUGAGAGCCCGGGACAGCGUGUAUCACAUCGAGUGUUUCAGGUGCUCGGUGUGCAGCAGGCAGCUUCUGCCAGGGGACGAGUUCUCUUUGCGGGAUGAAGAGCUUCUCUGCCGGGCGGAUCAUGGUUUACUGCUGGAGCGGAGCGCCGCCGGAAGCCCGAUCAGCCCGGAGCACCUUCACUCCAACAGGUCACUUCACAUGGCAGCAGAUCCAGUAUCAGUUAGACAAACACCCCAUCGAAAUCACGUCCAUAAGCAGUCGGAGAAAACCACUCGCGUACGGACGGUGCUGAAUGAAAAGCAGCUCCACACCCUCCGGACGUGCUACAACGCGAACCCGAGACCCGACGCCCUGAUGAAGGAGCAGCUAGUGGAAAUGACGGGCCUGAGUCCGCGAGUCAUACGGGUCUGGUUCCAGAAUAAACGCUGUAAGGACAAGAAGAAGUCCAUUCUGAUGAAGCAGCUCCAGCAGCAGCAGCACUGUGACAAAACCAAUCUGCAAGGCCUCACGGGUACGCCUCUUGUGGCAGGCAGUCCAGUUAGACAUGACAAUACGCUUCAAGGUAACCAGGUGGAGGUACAAACCUACCAGCCUCCUUGGAAAGCCUUAAGUGAAUUUGCCUUGCAAAGUGACUUGGAUCAACCCGCCUUCCAGCAUUUGGUGUCUUUUUCAGAGUCGGGCUCCUUGGGCAACUCCUCGGGCAGCGAUGUGACGUCCCUGUCGUCCCAGUUACCGGACACUCCGAAUAGUAUGGUACCCAGCCCCGUGGAGACGUGAAGCUUACCGAGAUUGUCCCUGGCCAGCAUGCUCCUGAUGCCCUGCAUGACGACAGACCAGCUCCCAGAGAUUUUUACAGAGGAUUUGUCAUGGAGGAUGCACUGUUUGCGAUCUCCCAUAAGCGAACGCUAUCUUCAAUGAAGACCGCGCAAAUCAUCAUUGUGAGGAUUUGGGUGGAGAAAUAUCUCAACAUAAUCGCAUCGCCAGCUGCGUUUGCAAGCCCAGAAGACAUCAUGAAGGAUAUACAAACCAGUCUUCCUAACGCUGACUCGGAGUCACUAACUCUAUCCGUGCUGAGCGUUUUUCAUUCAUUGGUGAUCGUUGUGUCUCAUUUCUUACACAUUUUUAUAUAUUUCGCUAUUGAGUCUCCAGAUCCUCGUGUUUGUCUUAAUGCGCAUGAUUUCCGAAGGUGAUAUAAAACAUAUUCUUGUUGUAAAAUAUUUUAUCUUAAUGGACGGAGGACAUAUUGUUUGUGCCUCUCGAACAAAGUAAGUUAUUGUUAUUUAUUGUAAGAACAACCGUUCAUACAGAGAUCAGAAACUAAUGAUAAUAAUAGUAAUAAUAAUUAUUAUUAAUAAUAAACUGAAUUACCGAGAAGCCCAUGAGAGAACUUUGGAAAAGAUCUAAGCGAAUAAUUUUGUGUUUUCUGACUGAUUGAAUAACGACAAAUACAAAUAGGCCUAAUCGCAAUCUGUACUUUCUCGAGAAAACAUUGACAUGUCCGUAAGAGUAAUAUAUUGUCUACACGUCGAAAUGACGAAACAGACCAAAAGUCAUAUGAAUGAAGUGGCUAGUUGUUCAUCGUGGCCUGUAUCCAAUAUUUGUGUGAAUUUGCGGGGAGUCGGUAUAUAUGCUUUAUUUGAAAGCCUCACUGUUACUAAAAACUCCCCGUCUUAAAAGAAUUUCGUAAGCAGGUUACUGUCUUUAAGAGCAAAACUUUCUCGAAGACCAGGAGCUAAGAAUAAAGGACAUACCGAAUAAAGACUUGAGACAGAGGUUGUGAUUCAGCGGCCAAUAGGCCUACAUCUGUCCCGGGGUGUCUUCGACAAGCUCACCUGUAUUUUUUUUUAUUUUUAUUUUUUAAUUAGAUGGAAAUUUAGAGGAUUUUUUUCAUAUAUUGUCCUGACGGUGUGAUGCCAAACUGCAAAAUUUAAUAUGUGCACAAUUAGAUACAGAUGAUUAAUUAAAUAUGCUUACAAUUUUGGGGAAAAAAGCUAAGCGAAAAAAUUAUAUGCGAAUCAAUUUGAAAAUAGCAAACACCAUUGUGUUUAGGGUUUUUGCCAAGUAAUACAACCAUAA